AUGUCUGAAAAGUCUUUUCAGUUUCCAAUUCGCUUUGCCACCUUCAAGCCUCUCUGCUUCCUUGUCAACUCCACAUUUGUUAUGCUAAACCUUUACCCUCCUGCAAACCGUGCCGCUUCGCUCCAUUUCGUGCCGGAAAUUGACCAAGCAUGCCAGGCCAUUCACGACGCUUGCAAAGGCAUCGGGACAGACGAGCUGGGUCUAAUCGCGGCACUGGGUACCAAGUCCACGGACCAGCGCUAUCUCAUAUCAGUCCGCUAUAACGAAUUAUUUGGUAAGGAUUUGAAAAAGGUGCUUCAACACGAGACAUCAGGCGACUUUGGCCAUUUGCUCCAGCUUCUCGCCUGUCCGCUACCUGAGGCCGAGGCUGUUAUCGUCCGUAAUGCUACAAAAGGAUUGGGUACGAAGGAAAGUCUCAUCUAUCCUAUUGUAAUGGGCCGUACCAAUGUGGAGAUACAUAUUCUCAAGAAGACAUACUACGACAUGUACAGCAAGGAUCUCUGCUCCGUGAUGGAAAGUGAGCUCAGUGGCGACCUGAAGGAGGCUGUAUUAGCCUCUUUACAGGCUUCUCUACAGGAUUACAAUCCUGCAAUUCACACCCCGCAGAAAGCAGAGGUUGAUGCCGACGUGCUUUACAAUGCCGGUGAAGGCCACAUUAGCACAAAGGAACAUGAGUUUAUCAAUAUAUUGGUCACAAGUCCACCUCAGCACUUGCGUACCGUUAAUGCCGUCUAUGAGAAGAAGUACAAACACAAUAUCAUUGAGGCGGUGAAGAAAGAGUUUCGUGGUGAUGCAGAAGACGCAUUACUUUUUUUAGUGCGUAUGGUGCUGGAACCACUUGUGUUACUAUCUGAGCUGUUUGAGGGGACGAUGAAGGGCAUUGGUACGGAUGAGAAGGCACUAAGUGCAACACUCGUGCGCUACCAUUUGGUACAACAUGAUAUUCAAUCGGUCUUUAAGAUGUUGUAUGGUAAACACUUGCGUGACCGGAUUCAAGGCGAAGUCAGUGGUGACUAUGGAAAACUCGUUCUUGCAGUCUUUGAUUCUCCAAUCUAA